ACUGGUUCAGUUUUAAUUCUGACGGCUGACAGUUAAGUUGAUUUCGUGCGCAGAACGCGGAACGUUAAAGCUAACAAAGCUGCCUGCUCUUCGAGUGACUUUUACUGUCCGUGAGACGGUGACUGUGUUUAUGUGUGUGUGUGCGCGUUCAAAGUAAAUUUUGUGGCUUUUGCCAAACACAACGGAUUGUUUUGCGUUGUUUGAAUUGAAAUCAAACGAUUAACGUUCAUAAAAGAAGGUAAACAAAUAUUUGGUAAAAAGAUACGCUAAAUUAAACUGUGAAGUUUUCUGAAAUAGAAAUAGUGACAGUGAAUUUUGGCGAGAAACUUGUGACGGAAGGCGAAGUAGCAGCAGGAGGAAGUGCGCGAAAAUUCUGGUCCUUGCAGUACAACCACCGCGUCCACCUAAAAGCAAGUUGGUUGCAGAAAAUCCGAACGAUUCCGAUAAAAAAUAUGAAACAAUGAACGAAACCCGUCUAUGAAAUUUUGCUUCCGAGGCAUUUCGACUGUUGUUUGCUGAAAACAAAAACUAAAACGGAUCCUGCCAGUCUAAAGUACUCAAAAUUACCGUUAACAAGUCUCUCCUGUUAACCCAAUAGCAAUCAUUUAGUUUGCUGUAGUUUAAGUUAAAAAAAUAAAUAAUAAAUCAAAGCAAACUUCAACAACAACACAUCCAAAAACUAACUCAAAAUGGGCGCAACACGCGACAAGCCGCGCAUCAACAAAACUCUCAUCUCGCUCAAAGUGGUGGUAUUCUUCGUCAUCAGUGGUAUUACCGCGCUGCACGUGCUGCAUGCCACCAAGCCACUACUGCUCGGCCUAAAUUUUAAUGAGUAUCGCCGCAUAAGCAUUAUUGCGCCAUUCGUCUCAAUACUUGGGCCGCUGAUUGCCGGUCCGUUGGCCGAUCGUUUGGCCGCUAAGAAUGCCACAAGUUUCGGUCGUAUACUACGCUUCCUCACUGCCAUCUUUCUGAUACUCGCCGUUAUUGUGUAUGCUUGUCUCUUCGCCAUACCCGAAGUGAAGAGGGAGGAAGCUCGUCGCCCGCUUGUCAGUUUCGGUUGUGAUUUGCAUGGCGCAGUCAUAUUUCAGGAACGCUGCUCCAAAGACGCCACCUGCCACAGUUGGAAAGAGAAGGUGGGCAAUGUGAAUUUGACACGCUGCACCUACACCUGCCAAGAUCCCACCAAAUAUGAGAAUUUGUAUACACCAUGGUUUGAUGGUAUACCCACACCGUUGCCGUCGACGGAACAAAGUUCCGAGUUCGAUUAUGAAGAUGAAUCUGUAGCGACAUCGACGGAGAGUUUGCGGGAGCGACGCGCGAUUGCUGGUUCGGCUGAAUUUGGCGGUGAGCUGCUGAGUGCUGAGGUUCAACAACAACGUGUCGAGCGUGCUCUGAAAGAUGGCACACCACAGAAGAUUUAUGUGGAGCCACCACAUUUGUGUCUCACGGAGAAGACAGACAGCGGUGAGACGGUGGUGAAGAAUUGUCAUGUCUACACCCAUGACACCAACAAUAUUGUUGUAAAUUCGGUACUGCGUGCUGCGGAUAACAGCAAGGAUAACGACACACAUAGCGCCGAGUGGUGCAAGUAUCCUUUGGAUGGCUUCCAGUGUAAUAUACCACUCAAACAGAUUAAGCACAUGAACGACAUCAAGAACGGCACCGCAUGCAAACCGAUGAUUGAAUGCCAAGUGAUUGAUCCUUACGACAGCAAAGGCAGUGUAUUGGCCGAUAGUGAAUGCAUUAAAAUUACUGGGGACUUGGAUGCCACAUUGGGCGGCUACACUGCCAUCCGUCUGCUGGGCGAUAUCUUCGUGAUGGCCGCGCUGACACUACUCAAUACUGCCAUCGUUAUAGCUGUGCGCGAAACGUCGGAGGGACGCGGUGAGGUAUGUCGUCAAUAUGCCUGGGGCGCUAUCGGUUAUGUGCUACUCUUCUCGCCAAUCGAUUUAUUUGCUUUCGCCAACGAUUCGAAACACGAUGCUGCACUGGUGGCCCUAAUACUUGUCAUUGUGUGUCUGCUCAUCGGUGCAUUAGUGUUGCUCUUUGCCACACAAAUGCCGCUCAGUCCGCCCGAGUGGUGGUGGCAUACAAAGACCGGCAUGCUAGUCUAUCCCAUGUCGGCCAUACGCCGUUAUAGUCCGGAAAUUUUCGUACUUACAUUGGUCGCCAUACUAUUCGGCACAUUUUGGAGCAGCAUACACAGCUUCCUUAUUUGGACAUUCAGUGACACGUAUGCGGUCACCUAUUCGGGCUUGAUCUUGGUGUUGGUGCUGUUCUUCAAUGUGGACAAAUUCAUUGAAUAUUGUGGACAUUCGAAUAUCUUUAUCGCCGGCUUUGCGGUCUUCGUCAUACGUUUCACGGCGUUGAGUGGUGAGGGCACUGAAUGGUUGACCGUUGUCAUGGAGGCAAUCGAGCCGGUCGUCAUCGGUGUUGUAUGGAUAACCAUUAUACUGUAUAUGCGGCAUGCAAUGCCUCGCAAGUUAACAGCGACCGGACAGGCAGUGGCUGUGUUGGCCUUCUUCGGCAUUGGCAAGGGUUUGGGUGCUGUCAUUGGUUUGGCGCGCGACGACAAGGAGCCGAAAGCGGACGCGCAGGCCAUCCACCAGUGGUUGGCGAUUGCCGCUUGCAUCAUUGCGCUCGUUUACUUUAUCAUUUACAAUUUGAUUUUGGCGCCGCGUUGCACGGCCAAGUCACAGCAUAUCGAGGAGCUGAUUUCCGGCUCGGCAUCGCAGAAUUUCAGCAACGGCACCAAUGGGGCCGGCAGCACCGGACAGGGCAGCACCAGCGCUGGCGCGGCGCUGAAUGGCAGCUCUAAUUAUUCACCGCUACGCGUGUACCACAAUGAGCGAGGGAAAUUGGGACAAUUUAGAUUUUAAAUUUAUGCGCUUUGAUACACACACACAAACACACACGCACAUACAUGCAUAUACACAUAUGCGCGUCUGCUUGUAUGUGCAUACACUUGUACACAUGUAUUUGUUUAAAGAAGUUAUAUUUUAUAUAAAUUUAAUUGGAUGUUUACACAAGUAACUUUUAAUUUUAUUGAUUUUUGUAUUAAAUUAAAUGUGUAUAUAUGUAUGUAUAUAUAUACAUAUAUUAAUUGUAAUAAAAAGUACAUAAAUACUAAAACAAAAAAAAUUAAAAGCCGCAUUGUAAACAUAAAACGAAUUAAAUUGAUGAUGAAAAGCAAGUAAAUGCUCUUUGUAGCACAUUGGCGGUUAUGUUGGCGUUUGGCAGCAGCGAGUAGGUACAGCGUGUAGACAGACGGUACGCAACGGUUUCAGUAACACACAAUUUUAUGCAUCAUUCAACCCACCUCAGCCAUUUGUGUAUGCGAAUUUCAAUGGAGUGUACAAUUGACAAAACAGCAUGACAAUCCAGUAGCAACAACAACCACACACAGGUGUGUGUUGAGUUUGUUUUAAGCGCCAGCUGUUUUUUAGCCACCAAGCUGCUAACAAUGAAUGUUAAUUCUAGUUUUAAGUCAACCUUUUGCUAAGAUUAUACACUGUGAACCGAGAAAAUAUAAUACAUGUAUUUAUAUAUAAAUAUUUUGAACUAUCCGUUGAUAUUAUGAUCACAAAAAAGCUCUAACUAAAUGGACAUUAACAUGCCUGCAAAAUAAGAUAAAAUAAUAUUUUUAAUUAAAAGCCAUAAAUAAGAAAAAUCAACGCAAUUAUAUGCACAAUGAUUAAAUGAAAUGUGUAUCUGCCGCAGUUAAAAGAUAUAUAGAUAAAUAUGAUAUUAUUUACACACACACACACACAUACUCUUACUUAAUAUCUUUGUGUAAUGCGAGUAUUUGAAUAAAAAAUCAAAUGAAAUUAUUUUUUUUUACAAACAUACAAUGUACUUCCCGUAGGUGCACCAUUGUCGAGCAUUUUUUUCGCGUGUCGCAUUAGUUGGUAAUAUUUUUUGUAAUAAAUAAUAAUAAUUAAAUAAAGUAAUUUAUUAAGCUUUGAAAUAAGAGCGCAAGUAAUAAAUAAAAUCCACACAUUUGAAAUUUUUGUGAUGAUUUUCAGCUCAUUACAGCCUAACUGUUUGCAGCGGCAUGCAAGCGCUGUGUCAACCAUUGAAAUCCAAUAAAAAAUUUAAUAAAUCACA